AUGUAUGAAGUUGUUGCCGAGUGUCUGUUUUGCUCCAAAUUAAUUACUAGUACUUCCAAUGACUUGAUUGAGUAUGGUACAUUUAUUGAACACAUUCGUUCUCAACACAGAAAUAUCAAGAUACCCAACGCAGAUCGAACAAUGUUCAAAUCGAUUUGGAAUUAUAUAGACUCGGUGGAAGGGACCAAUUUCGUGUGCUUAAAUUGUGGCUAUAAAGGUAGACCAAAAGUAAAGUCGAGCAGAAAUAUUUCAGCUGACAGUUUGGGCGAGCUUGGCACAUGUUUUCCACUAUGUUUUAUGGUAUAUAUGAAGCAUCUGAAACGUCACCAUUUCAAGGUCAUAUGCACAUGUUGUAACAAUGUCAUUAGAAAAAUUAAUGAAAAAUAA